UGCUGCCCUAGGUCGAGCCAGGAGGCUCACACCCAGAGACCUGCCCUGCAGGGCCAUGGGGCCCAGGAGCCACUGCCUUGGCCUCUCCAGACUGGGCCUUCUGUUCCUGUUCCUGCUCCCACUCCUUCCAGAGGGCAGCCAUCAGGGGGACCAGUCAGACCGCUGUGAGAGUGGAGGUGACAGUCCCAGGCUUGUGGAGGUGCAGGGUGUGAGCAGAGGCUCCUGCACUAGAGUAAACCUUCUUGCUUGUCCCCCAGGAUGCUUGGGAGCUGAAGGCAGGCUGGCUCACAAGCUGUUCCGUGACCUUUUUGCCAACUAUACAAGUGCCCUGAGACCUGUGGCGGAUACAGACCAGACUCUGAACGUGACCCUGGAGGUGACAUUGUCCCAGAUCAUUGACAUGGAUGAGCGCAACCAGGUGCUGACCCUAUACCUGUGGAUCCGACAGGAGUGGACAGAUGCCUACUUACGAUGGGACCCCGAUGACUAUGAUGGCCUGGAUGCCAUCCGCAUCCCCAGCAGUCUAGUGUGGCGGCCAGACAUCGUACUCUAUAACAAGUACUGCCUGCCUGAACCUCCCCUCUCCUAUUGCUAUGCUGCCCUGGAAGUUGUCCCCCAGGACCCUUCUAAUCUGAGAGGUGACUUGUGGGUAAACGCAGCCUCCAGCAGUGAGGGGGGAUAUCAGCAGCACUUAGCUUCUGAGAACCCACUUGUGGGAAUGCGGACUGGGGAGCCUUGGCCCUUACCUCCUUCCUCUUUCAUCCAUUGGGCUUGGAGGGCCCGACAGCCUCUUGGUGGGUUCCUGUUCAUGCUGAGGGGGCUGGAGAGCUCAGGCCCCCUGAGCUCUUUUUCUGGGCCCCAGCUCGCUCUGUCUUUUGCAGGGAAGUACUACAUGGCCACCAUGACCAUGAUCACCUUCUCCACAGCGCUCACUAUCCUUAUCAUGAACUUGCAUUACUGUGGUCCCAGUGCCCGUCCAGUGCCGGCCUGGGCUCGGGCUUUCCUACUGGGAUACCUGGCACGGGGCCUGUGCGUGCGAGAACGAGGGGAGUCCUGUGGGAAGUCUAGACGGCACGAGUCACCCCCCAGUCCCCAGCCUCCUGAGGGAGGGGCUGGCCCCCCAGCAGGCCCUUGCCAUGAGCCCCGGUGUCUGUGCCAUCAGGAAGAGCUGCUGCACCAUGUAGCCACCAUUGCUAACACCUUCCGCAGCCACCGGGCUGCCCAGCACCGCCACGAGGACUGGAAACGCCUGGCCCGUGUGAUGGAUCGCUUCUUCCUGGGCAUCUUCUUCUCCAUGGCCCUGGUCAUGAGCCUCCUGGUGCUCGUGCAGGCGCUGUGAAUCGGGGUCUGCUGCAGCCACAGCAGUGCGACAGGGUAUGGAAGACCAGGCGGUUGCUGGCCCUCAGUCCACCCAG